GAGAGGAGCCUCCGAAGGUUCAAAGCAACUGAAAAGCAGCAGCUGCUCAAUACAAUAACUACUUUGACUGCUCCUCCAAGACAUUCUCCAGAGCUCUGCGAUCGCCGCCACCUGGUCGCCGGAUCAUGACGGCUGUAGCGGAGGCGGCGGCCAAGUCAAAAGUAACGAAAUCCAGCUCCGGUGAUCAAAUUUCUAACCCUAACGGAAAAGUGUGGUUCUAUUCUUUGCUGCUCACGCUACAAUACGGUGCUCAACCUCUCAUCUCCAAACGGUGCACGGGGAGAGAUGUGAUUGUCACUUCUGUAGUUUUGACAUGCGAGGUGGUGAAGGUGAUUUGUGCUCUUCUUCUUAUGGCAAAAGAUGGUACUUUGAAGAAACUAUUCAGGGAGUGGACUUUAGUUGGCUCUUUGACUGCAUCAGGACUACCAGCGGCCAUAUAUGCACUGCAAAAUAGCUUGUUGCAGAUAUCAUACAGAAACCUUGAUUCUUUGACGUUCUCAAUGCUGAACCAAACCAAACUUUUUUUCACUGCUUUUUUCACUUAUAUGAUAUUGAGGCAAAAGCAAUCAAUCCAGCAAAUUGGGGCUCUUUUCUUGUUAAUACUUGCAGCUGUCCUUUUAAGUGUUGGUGAAGGUUCCAGCAAAGCUUCAAGCAGUAGCAAUCCUGAAGAAAUUCUAUUCCGUGGAAUCAUUCCAGUGUUGGUAGCUUCUGUACUAUCUGGUCUUGCUUCUGCUUUGUGUCAGUGGGCAUCUCAGGUUAAGAAACACACCUCAUACUUGAUGACAGUAGAGAUGUCUAUUAUUGGAAGCUUGUGCUUGAUGGCUAGUUUUUACAAGUCUCCUGAUGGAGAAACCAUCAGACAACAUGGCUUUUUUUAUGACUGGACUCCAUUGACUUUGAUCCCUGUGAUAUUCAAUGCUGUUGGUGGGAUUCUAGUUGGCCUUGUGACAUCUUAUGCUGGUGGUGUACGAAAGGGAUUUGUCAUUGUUUCUGCACUUCUCGUCACUGCUCUGUUACAGUUUGUCUUUGAUGGCAAACCACCUUCCUUGUACUGUCUUGUGGCAUUACCACUGGUGAUUACCAGCGUAUCAGUCUACCAGAAGUACCCAUACGGAGUCAAAGCAAAGGAGGCAUGAGAUGUUAUGAACUGCUAUGUGGGAGAUAGUAUACUAUGCCGAUUGGUUUUACUUGCAUUAACAUCAGUUAAUGAGUGAGGAAAUAUGCUGGCAUUUUUUAGGAGCCUUCCUCGCUUUGGAUAGCGUACUGAGUUUGUUCUUGCUAGUCAAAUUCAUCCGGUGUCAAGUGUCAAUCAAAUGUAGCUGGACUCUGUUCUUUAUUAUCUUAGAGGACGAUAUAAAGAUAAUCUGCAAAGACGCAAAUUAUCAGGUGCAAAGAGAAGAUGCAAAGAUGCAAAUGCUAGAGCUACCACUGCAUGCUAUUCACAUUUCUGGUUGCCCUUCUUUUCGUCUUGUUACUUGUUACAAUGUACUAUCAGGUUAUUAUCAUUAUUUUUAUCUGGGGGAUAGUAAAAGGGCCUCAGAAGAGGAACAUUCUCUUGGUUUGGAACUGAACAUGAAAUUUAAGCUUUGGCAUGUGAAACUGUACCGACAAAAAGACUAAUGUCUUGUGUUAAACGCAAUGUACAUGCCGUACAUCUUUUUGGUAGCA